GCAUGUGUGUCGACACAGAACAACAUUCGCUCAACAUUCACAACAUGGCGACGCGAGUCCUUCAGACACUGGGCAGCGGCCUGACACAGCAUGCCAGAAAAGAGUUUCGGCCGAACCAGCACCUGCGAUUCGCUGUCAGGAGUGCAUUUACAAACAAAAGUGGUGAAGAGGGCUGGAUCAAGUCUCUUUUUGUACGAAAAGUGGAUCCAAGAAAGGACGCCCACUCUCAUCUGCUUGCUAAGAAAGAAGACAACAACCUCUACAAAAUUCAGUUUCACAAUGUCAAGCCAGAGUGCCUUGAUGAUUAUAACAAACUCUGUGAGAAUGUUCUGCCAUCCAUACAUGCUGAUUCCAACUACCCCUGUGAGCUGGUGGGCACCUGGAACACAUGGUAUGGAGAACAGGACCAGGCAGUACAUCUUUGGAGAUAUCGAGGAGGAUACCCGGCCCUGACUGAUGUCAUGAACAAACUCAAGAAGAAUAAGGAGUUUUCGGAGUAUAGAGAAAAGCGUGGUAAGAUGUUGCUGUCACGUCGAAACCAACUGCUGCUGGAGUUCAGCUUCUGGAACGAGCCGGUGCCCAGAGAAGGGCCAAAUAUAUACGAGCUGAGGUCCUAUCAACUCCGGCCUGGAACCAUGAUCGAGUGGGGAAAUUACUGGGCUCGAGCCAUUGAGUUCCGCCAGCAGAACCAGGAAGCUGUUGGAGGAUUCUUCUCUCAGAUUGGAGACCUGUACAUGGUGCAUCACCUCUGGGCAUACAAAGACCUGCAGUCUAGAGAGGAAACCAGAAACGCAGCAUGGCAACAUGAAGGGUGGGAUGAGGCUGUGUAUUACACAGUUCCCCUGAUUCAGCAUAUGGAGUCGAGAAUAAUGAUUCCAAUGAAGACCUCACCUCUGAAGUAACCUGACAGAAACCAACUACAUCUCUUAAACUGGCAGUUCACACAAAGAAAGCAAAAAACAAAUCUGCAUCACUUUUUUUGGUCAACUAUUUCUCCAUCCAAUGAUCCAAUCAACUUUGAAUCAGAGUUUGCACUGCCAUGGAAUUCUGAUCAGUCUGAAAUUUUCAAUGUUUUUUCACACCCAUUUCCAUGUUUUUUCCUGUUGCUGCGAGUAUUUAUUAUGUUUGGUUUAAACAUUCAAUCAAUCAGUGGAUAAACGGUCUAGAAAUUAGAGAUAAUGAUGGUUUGGUUCCAGAAUGUUAGAGAAACCCCAUGUCAUUUUUUCCUGUGUACAUGAAGAUUGUUGUUUUCCAUUUUCCAUACAAUGUCAGCAAAGUUAUGCCAUAACAAAUCACUGCGGUUUCCAAUCAAUGCUAACAUGGCAAGCUUUGUCGAAGGACACAACAAUAGAAUAGUUUAAAUAUUUCUAAUUUCACUUUAACCUGAAGCCUUUUCAAAGUGUUACAUUUCUCAAUUUUGCUAUCUAAACCUCUUCAUUGUGAAAGCUAUCAAAUAAAAAAAAAACUUGAUUGAUUUACAAUAAUUUUCAUAUCAAUGAACAUCCUCAUAAAUGAGUGUGCAUGUGGUGAUGCUUUAAACUUGAGUAACAAUCAACAUCUAUUAAUGAAACAUUUUAUUUGGCUAAAAGCUUUGAAUCACGUGUCGCCGAACUACUCACCAAUACUGUGAGCUUUCAAUACUCAAUAUACUGUAUAAAUAAUUUCAAAGUUUCUUAUGCCAUUUAAUACAUAGUACUUUGCAAAUAUGGUUGUAUAUAGUGAAAUUAAAUUUCUGCUCACAUCUACUUUAAUGUAUUUGUAAAACAGUUCCAUGCAAAGACCUUGGUUUAGACUUCAGGUUCAGUGCUUCUUUAUUUUCACUCUUCUUUAUGAAUAAAAUAUAUUUGUGGUCUUAGCUUUAUCAUUCUCAUUUGAAUGACAAGCAUGGGUGUAUUUUUUAGUUGUGAAGAUAAUUUUAAUGAGUAAAUAAAUCUUCCACUUUUCUGAAAAGAAUAAAAGUCAGAGUGAUUUUUAAGCCUCUCAAUAUUUCUUUACAUAUUUUUUUCUAUUAGUAAUUAAUGCCUACAUCAUGUAGAUUAUGUUAUUUAAGGGACGAGUGAUUGCUUGAGCAGUUGUUUUCAAAUAAAGUUGAUGAAUUC